AUGGAGACCUCCUCUGGUUUCUUCAGGCUGCUUCUGGAGCACAAAGGCUUGCUCUGUGCGGGGAACAGGCACCAACAGCUGAACACAUCAUUCUGUGGUUUUCUACAGAAACUCACCAUGUUUCUACUUUUCCAGUCAGACCCUGCUGCGAGCUCCUGCCAGAGUGAUUUUGAGGAGAUUGAGAAUCUCCUGCUGCACAACCUCCCGUCUCUGUGUUGCCGCCUGUCAGACUGGCCCUCUCGGCUCUGUGACACCCCGGGGCUCCAGCUGAGUGAAUAUAAAGGACCAAGGGCCACCCAGUACUGCAUGGUGAUAUUGCUGCACCUCGCCAUGCAGCAUGGAGACAGGUUCCUCCCGGACCAGACGGUGUUCCCCAGUGUGGUGUGGCUGCUGCACUCGGUGCAGGCGCAGGGCGACUGCGCUCCUCCUCGCCUCGUGCUCCGCUCCGCCCUCUACCUGCUGGCAGCGACACAAGACAAGAUCCCAAACCUCGAUGGGGCUCCUUUGAGCUGCAUCAGCAAGGCGCUCUCCUCCCAAAGCUUCUCCUCCCUCUACAUCCACCACCCUGCUCUCCUCCACUUCAUCUAUCGAUAUCCCGAUCUAGUGGAGAAAUUCGGGUCGCUGGUCCUGGAGCUUUGGUUGACCAAGCAGACUCAGCACACAGAUGCAGAGCAGAGCAUGGAGACAGGAGAGCAGAGAGAAAGCGGUGCGGAGGAGGAUAAGGAGCCGGACACAGAAACACGGGAGCUGCUGACUCUGAUAGAGAAACACCCAGCUGUCCUGCUGACCCUCCUGGACAUGGUCUGCAGCAGAGAGCCCCCCCUGGCAGGCAGAGCUCUGGGAGUGCUGGAAGUCCUUCUGCGAGCUCAGAGAGACUUUGAGUCUGACUUGUGUUUCAGUCUGAGGCCGGCCGUGCUGCAGGCGCUGCAGAGACACAGUGUGGAGAGCAUGGGAAAUGGACUCAGCCAGGGACACGCUGCACAGGUGAACUCGCUCCCUCUGCUGCUGAAGCUGCUCUGCGUGAUGGAGACCAGCGACCCGCCUUCAUCCUCCUCCGACAGCAGCAAGAUGGACGGCGUGCACUUCAAGCUGCUGUAUCACGUGAGUAAUUUAGCAGGGAGGCUGAAGCCCAGCGACACAGAGAGCCUGCUUCCCGCUCUCAACUUCCUGUACUGCUGCCUGAGCCUGUCCCCGGCACACUGCACCGACAGAGGGAGAGGAUGA